AUGUCUCCAUUGUUUGAGCUUGCCGGCUCUCCCGUAAGCUUUAUCAAACUUGACAAAGAUGAAGCGAUUAUGGAUAAUCAGCAACAACAGUUAAAAAGACGCACAAUAGUCAAUAAAACCAACACCAAGUUGCCUGCAAAUAGAAAGAGAUCUCAUUCUUCUUCCUCAUCUACUUCAUCAGGAUCUCCUUCCACCAACUUGUUCUCAACUGCAAGUUCCUCUGAUUCUGGUUCUUCCUCCAUGACUUCUGUUAAAAGCAAUAUCACCACAAAAAAGAAGAGAGCAGUUGAUGCUCCAAUCGAGAAUGGGAAUACGUCAUCACCGCAAAUGCGUUCAAUUACAUCCACUCUGUUUACGUCACCAGGUGCGAUCCCACCUAGAUUAAUAGCACAGAGAAGUGUUCCAGCCUUUCUUAACAAACUUUACAAUAUGGUUGAAGAUUUAACAACAAACGAUUUGAUUCGAUGGUCUAAAGACGGCACUUCUUUUAUUGUGGAAAAACAUGAAGAAUUUGCAAAAAAUGUGUUACCUCGAUUUUAUAAGCAUAAUACUUUUGCAUCCUUUGUACGUCAAUUGAACAUGUACGAUUUUCACAAAGUACCACACCUUCAACAGGGCGUAUUAAUAGCAGAAAGCGAACAUGAAAUCUGGGAAUUCAGUAACCCUCAUUUUCAGAGAGGACGACCAGACCUUUUAGUCCUCGUUACCCGUAAACGCAAUAGAGAUAGAGAGACUGUAGAUACUGAGAAUAUUAGUCUAUCUACGCUUGUUGAUGAUUUAGCUACUGUCAAAAAAUAUCAAUCAACAAUAGGUACAGACCUCAGAGAUUUACAUCGCGAUAAUGAGAUACUUUGGCAAGAAACAUUGAAUGCCAGAGAAAAAUAUCAAAGACACCAAGAAGCCAUUGAAAAAAUCCUACAAUUCCUAACAGCCAUAUUUGCCAACGAUCACUUGGCAAUCAGUAUGAAUAAUGCGGAUGCGCUUCCAAAAGGCUUAAUUGAAGAAGCUGCUUCACUAGCUGGUAUGUCAACAAAACCUGACGAAUCUUCAGCCAACAGAUUAAAGUCGGAUUUUCUGUCAUCGCCAUCUGCAACACCAGCAUCAUCAUUGACAAACAUACUUUCAUCUGUUAUGAGAUUAUAUUCCAACAAUGCACCUCCACCUACUCCACCGGAGAUAUCUUCUCAUGAUGUGUACAAAAAUGACAGACAUACAUCCAUUUCAUCUUCGACAGAUUCGUUACAAUAUCCUCAAUCCCCGCACGAAACAGCCACAGAGGACGACAAUAAACCAUCAUUGAUAGAUUUUUCAAAGACAUUAAAUUCCGCAACUAGAUCUGCCCAGACAAUUACUCAAGACAUUGACAUGCUCCAAGUGAAUAUCGAAUCGUUAGCAAGUGAUUUAGGUAUAGAUCCUAGCCAAUUUAACGAAGACCUGGAAACAGAUCGUUGUUUCCAAGACAACUAUAGUAACAUGAUAAACUCUGCAAACUCAGCAGACAGAGCUAAACUAUAUGCAAUUGCUGAUAGUAACGCUGACUUGGACAAAAAGAAUUAUUCGGUGUACGAUCAUAAGAAAGAGCAUGUUGUAAAUGCUACAAACGGAUUCCAUUUCAAUUUACAGCAUCCACCUCUUGAUCACUUUCAAAGAAAUGCUCACAGGUCAUCAUCAUUUCCAAUGCAGGGAUAUUCAUCAAACGACAGUAAUAAUACUAGACAGAAUACCAAUAAAUCCAUGCAACAACAACAAAAACAGCAACAACAGCAACAACAACAGCAGCAACAACAGCAGCAACAGCAACAACAGCAACAACAACAACAGCAACAGCAACAACAACAACAACAACAACAACAGCAGCAGCAACAGCAGCAGCAGCAGCAGCAACAACAACAACAACAACAACAGCAGCAGCAGCAGCAGCAGCAGGAAUUAAAUGCCACUGAAGGGUCCUAUAAUCAGUUGAUGGCAAUGAGUUAUCAAGAUUCAUUUGGGACCAAUUAUUCUAAUAGUGGAAAUACACCUGCAACCGAGUACCAUCAGCAAGGUUACGAAACAAACAGGAGCAAUCAGCCAAGAUUAACUAAUAAUGGCUACUACAAUAACUCUACUGCUAGUACUAAUCCUGACAAUAUUCUACCCUCUGGCACUACAUCAUCCGAAUACAAUAAUAUGGUGAAUGGCUAUGCCGACAUGAUGAGGCCAUCAUACUUUAAUACUGCUACAAAUGGUAAUGAUAGUUACAAUGAUGCCUAAAAAAAGGAAACCCAAAAAUACAAAAAUACCCUUAAUUGUUAAAAAUCCAUACCCCCCCCCCAUUUUCACGUCACCUUUCUGUACGUUGUAUUUUGAUAUGCCCUUUAUAUUAUUGCAGAAAAACUUGAUUUACAUGACU